AUUCAGGAAAUGAUAUGUCCUUGUGUUGUUUUAUUUUUAUUUUUUAUUUUAGUAAAGCUUAGUUAAAAUUUAGUAAGCAGUCGAUAAUUUAUCAAUAAUAAUAAGUUUAAUGAGAAAUUUUUAAAAAAUCCAAUAAUAUGAAAGUUAUUUUGAGUACAAGACUGAAGAACAUAUUUUUAAUAAUAAUAACUUUAUCAGCUAUAGUUUACUUAUAUUUGCAAUGGUCAUUUCAAUCACAGUUGAGUUUAUUCGAAAGCGAUGAUUUGAAAUCAAAUUAUAUCAAAGAUAUUGGUUUUACUGUGGAAGAAGAGUAUGAUGUUGAUGGGCAAGUAGCUGAUAGUGAAAAAACUGAUGACAAGUUUACUGAACUAGAAGACGGAAUAUAUCAUAACUUUGAAGUUGAUCGAGUUAUUUCACCUGUGUUUGAAGCUCGACAAUAUGCAGAUAAAAAUAACUUACCGUUCAUACUGUGGUGGACCCCAUUCACUGGCGAAAAAGGAAAACUUAAAAAAUGUUUUAUAGGAGAAUGCUACUUUACCAUUGAUCGGCAAUUAUACAAUCACAAUGCAACAAUGGCUUUGUUAUUCUAUGGGUCUAAUUUUAAUGGCAACGACCUUCCUUUGCCAAGAAAAAAAUUACAUGAGUGGGGAUUGUUACAUGAAGAAUCACCUAAAAAUCAAGCGCUAUUUAUGUUUCAAGACAUUAUGGAGUUGUUCAAUUAUACUUCUACCUUCAAACAACAAUCAUCUUACCCAAUAUCAACCCAGUAUAUAGUUUCAGAAUCGUACUUACUUAAACCAUCAGUAUAUACAGUAUCUGAAAAAAAUUGGAUGAAGGAAACACUAGAUUUAGCCUCAAUAGCGUAUAUACAAACUGGAUGCAAUCCACCUUCAGAUCGCGAUGCUUACGUACAAGAGUUAAUGAAGUAUAUUAGAGUGGAUUCGUAUGGUAAAUGUCUACACAAUAAAGAUUUGCCUGUUGAGCUUAAUAGUCCGAGCAAAAUGAACUCAAAAGCUUUUAUUGAAUUCAUUGGGAAAUAUAAAUUUGUUCUUUCAUUUGAAAACGCAAUAUGUAAUGACUAUAUUACAGAAAAAUUGUUUAGAACCUUUAAUAUGGGUUCAAUUCCCAUCUACAAAGGUGCUCCAAAUAUCAGAGAUUGGUUACCUGAUGAUCAUUCUGCUAUAAUUGUUGAUGACUUUAAUAGCCCUAAAGAUCUUGCAGAUUAUAUAAAUUUCGUUGAUUCAAAUUCAACUGUUUAUGAACAAUAUUUAGAAUACAAAACUAUUGGUUUAAGGAAUCCUAUAUUAAAUAAAGCUUUAUCUGAAAGGCAAUGGGGAGUAAAAUCAUUUUAUCGAAUGAGUUAUGUUACAGGAUUUGAAUGUUAUGUCUGCGAUCAAAUACAUUCAAAUUUAAAGCUUAUGCAAGAAGGCAAAUUACCCAUUAAACAUCAAGCUACUUUCGAACAUUAUGGGUGUCCUAAACCAGAAAAGUAUAAUUAUUCUGAUAUUCCUGGUGCAUUUGACUGGGAGAGAAAUAUAUGGUUAUGGGAGUAUGAAAAAGCAAAAAAAAAUUCUGUGCUCUUGAAGGAAAAAGUUUAUUCAACAUUAGAAUAGUUGUUAUUUACCAAGUAUAAUUCUAGUUAAUUUUUUUUUAGAGCAUUAGUCCCUGCCCCAAGUUUAAGAAUCACGUAAUGCUUGAGAUUGAGGUUCGUAACUUAUACAUUACUUAGUAUUUUCGGUGCUAGAGGUAAAAAAGAAAAUAUUGCUGCUUUUGGGUCCCUUAUUUUUAAAAAAAUUGAAGUUAAUAUUGUGCUUAAAU